ACUUUCUUCAGCAUAUACUAUACGAGCCUCCACACCCAAACCCCUCACUUGCAUCUGCUCUGCUCUGCCGCAAGCGUUGCACAUACACCAAUCGCGCCUCUAUCCACACUGCUAGACCUUGACGUUCCGACCAACAACCCCACCUUCGGUGGACCCACAUACACAAUGACUUCAGAAAUCACCAACCAACUAGCGGCAACGCAGCUAAGCGAUGCUACACCAUCAGGGGAGGCAAACUGGAAAGCUGGUUUGAAUGCGCCGGCGAAGGAUGCGCGACCCCAGACAGAGGAUGUUACAGCGACAAAGGGCCUCGAGUUCGAAGAUUUCUUUAUCAAGCGCGAGCUCAUGAUGGGCAUUUUCGAGGCUGGUUUUGAGAAGCCGUCACCAAUUCAAGAAGAGACGAUCCCAGUAGCCCUCACUGGCCGAGAUAUCCUCGCGCGAGCGAAGAACGGUACCGGAAAGACUGCCGCCUUUGUUAUUCCUACCCUCGAGCGCAUAAACCCAAAGAGCCCCAAGACGCAAGCUCUGAUCCUCGUCCCCACCCGAGAACUCGCACUCCAGACAUCUCAGGUUUGCAAGCAAUUGGGACAGCACCUCGGCGUAAAUGUCAUGGUCUCGACUGGUGGCACAGGACUGAAGGACGAUAUUAUUCGGUUGAGCGACCCUGUUCAUAUCAUCGUUGGAACACCUGGUAGGAUCCUGGACCUGGCUGGAAAGGGCGUAGCAGAUCUGUCCGCAUGCCAAACAUUUGUCAUGGACGAGGCUGACAAGCUCCUGUCGCCUGAGUUUACCCCGGUUGUAGAGCAGCUUCUCGGCUUCCACCCCAAGGACAGGCAAGUCAUGCUGUUCAGCGCUACUUUCCCUAUCGUAGUCAAGAGCUUCAAGGACAAACACAUGAACUCUCCGUAUGAAAUCAACCUAAUGGACGAGCUGACACUUCGCGGUAUCACACAAUACUACGCCUUCGUUGAGGAGAAGCAGAAGGUCCACUGUUUGAACACCCUCUUCAACAAGCUGCAGAUCAACCAGUCUAUCAUCUUCUGCAACUCCACAAACCGUGUAGAGCUUCUUGCGAAGAAGAUCACCGAACUCGGAUACUCCUGCUUCUACUCGCAUGCGCGCAUGCUUCAGCACAACCGUAACCGCGUCUUCCACGACUUCCGCAACGGUGUAUGCCGAAACCUUGUCUGUUCGGAUUUGCUCACCCGUGGUAUUGAUAUCCAGGCCGUCAACGUUGUCAUCAACUUCGACUUCCCAAAGAACGCCGAGACAUAUCUGCAUAGGAUCGGUCGAUCUGGCCGUUUCGGACAUCUGGGUCUGGCUAUCAACCUGAUCAACUGGGAAGAUCGCUUCAACCUUUACAGGAUCGAACAGGAGCUUGGUACCGAGAUUCAGCCCAUCCCGCAAGUCAUCGAGAAGAACCUUUACGUUUACGAAUCGCCCGAGUCAAUCCCUCGCCCUAUGUCCAGCGCCCAACGCGUUCCUGGUCAAGGCCAAGGUCAAUCACAAGAACAAGAUGGUGCUUCUCGCGGUAAUCCCAACGCACGAGGCGGCUUCCGUGGCGGUCGUGGUGGCGGCGGUCAAUUCCAGGGACAGCGCCGAGGUCCUCCACAAAACCAACAGAACCGCCAGCCAAACGGUCAGAACCCUCAGCGAAACCCUAGGCCACAGCCUACAGGUCCACCUCCUGCCUCGUAGAACAGUCUGGUCGUCCUGGUCUCUGCGCAGUGUCUUGAACCUGACGUCUAGAAUACGUCUCUAUGUCGCGACAAUUUCCUGUUUGGAGGCUGCGAUAUCGUUUGGUUGCGUUGCAUCCAGAUGUUUUCAUUACAUUCCUUUCAUUUCCAUGACUAUGCGGUCAGUCGCGCCGACGACGCGGUACGGAAUAUCUGGACUUCUGCUUUCAGGUUUAACGAAUCGAAUCAUCGGCGCAAUACGGUUUUAACGAUCUCGACCUUUCUACAUGUACUAUAU